UGUAGUUUGGGGAGCCACAGCUGCUCUAAGCAACCUAUUCUUGUCGAGGAUGCGCUGGACUACACGUUCCUGAAAGCUCCUCGCAGAGCUGAGGUUCAGCGUCUAGGGGCUGCAGCCUCCCAUAUAAACAGUGGGCUGGGCAGUGGGACAGCAGACACUAGGAGACGCCGGAGUUUCGGCGUGUAAGUACGUGACAAAGGAUCUCUUGGCGCCCGAAGAGAGAAGAAUGCGGUACUCUGAUUGAAUGAAGUACUGGACGCCCACAUCCCCAGUGAAGAGAGAGGUUCAACCCCCCGCCACGCAUGUGUGACACUCCGUCUGGAUGGGCAGCUAUAACGGCACGGUCGUGACUGAGGAGCGGCGGCCUGCAGCGCCAGAAAUGCUGAGUCUGUGGAGAGGAGGAGCGAGAAGAUACUUGGAGAAGAGAGCUUUGGCUGUUAGCUCUACAUUCAGUGCUAUAUUCAUUGUUGAGACCAGGAACUCAAACAUAAGGAAAGCCAGCAGACCUGUCCCCCACAAACUGCCCACUACAACUGCAUGUGUACCUUGUUGUGUUAGACUUUCCUUUGUUAAAUACCUCAUGUGAUUGUGCCAAGAGAUCAGGGGUUUUGCCCACUCUGCUUCCUGAAAACGAACGUGACUAUAAAAGCAGCCCAUUUGGUAAAUUCCAAUGGGUCUGGUUUUAGGAAUAGCCUCACUACAGCUUGUCAACGACUUAAUUUGUCAAAUCAACUUCAGUAUUACUUUACAAGUCACCUUCUGAGAAGGAAAAGGGCUGCCUUUUAUUUACAGAGUUUCCAGUGGACCUGGGUGGUGGCUUUUGUGCAAAUGGUUGCUUCUUUUGGAUGGGAGCCUUGAUUUGUGGAAUCACUCAGACUAGGACAUUCAGCUCUGAAACUACCGAGUAUGUCCAGUGCUGGAGGCGAACAGUUGCAUGAAAACUAAAUGCUAGUGCUUGUCUGAACCUUCUAGAAGGGUAUGCUGGCACACUGAAGACAUGUUACAAGGGACAUCUAUGGGCUUCAGAGGCAAACAAAAGAGCUGGAGUGCACACUUGUAACUCCCUCACCAAUGAAUCCGAUUCCUCUUCCAAAGACAAGACGACCUACACUUUAGAAAUUGUGACAAAGGAUGUGGUUAGGGCUAUAGGAGAUAAGUGCCAUCACAGGAAAGGGAGCAGAGCUGGCUGAUUUGGCUCUAUGCGGAUAGCUCGGUGAUUUAGAGUGUGAGAGAGCCUGGACAGAAGCAGUGAGCCACUUAAGCAAUGUGGAGCUCACUUGCUCACUGAACCAUGCGCUGCUCUCUUCGGUUUUGGGUCCUCCUGGGGUCACUGGCCCUGCUGUUUGUCACCUCGCUUCUCUUCUCCCUCUCACUGCGUGGAGCAGCUCUUCCCUACUUGGAAACUCCUGACUGGGAAUUGUCUCACAAGGUGAAGCUAGUGCCUGGAUAUGCUAGCAAUCGAAGGCAAGGCUCGCCAUUGCUGGCACAGCAGCGUACUUGUUCAUGCCAGACAUGUGUUGGAGACCCUGGAGUGUCGGAUUGGUUUGAUGAAAACUUUGAAUUGGAUAUCUCCCCAGUAUGGACACGAGAGAACAUGCAGCUGCCUCCAGAUGUCUACUACUGGUGGGUGAUGCUGCAACCUCAGUUCAAACCACACAGUAUUCAGCAAGUCCUUUUGAAACUCUUUGAAGUAAUUCCUGGACAGAAUCCUUAUGGGGCCUGGGAUCCAGCUCGUUGUCAGCGUUGUGCUGUGGUUGGGAAUUCCGGCAACUUGCGAGGAUCAGCAUAUGGCAAACUCAUUGACAGCCACCAUUUCAUCAUGAGAAUGAAUUUGGCGCCCACAGUGGGCUAUGAGGAGGAUGCAGGGAGCCAUACAACUCAUCACUUCAUGUACCCCGAAAGUGCCAAGAAUCUGCCUGCCAACGUCAGUUUUGUCCUGGUACCAUUCAAGACUCUGGACCUGCUGUGGAUAACUAGUGCACUCUCCACUGGACAGAUCCGCUUCACCUAUGCACCAGUGAAGCAGUUCCUACGUGUGGACAAAGACAAGGUGCAGAUCUACAACCCUGCCUUCUUCAAGUAUAUCCAUGACCGAUGGACAAGGCACCAUGGCCGUUACCCCUCGACAGGCAUGCUCGUUUUGUUUUUUGCGCUACAUGUUUGUGAUGAGGUGAAUGUUUUUGGAUUUGGUGCAGACAGUCGAGGAAAUUGGCAUCAUUACUGGGAGCAGAAUCGUUAUGCAGGCGAGUUCCGAAAGACAGGGGUCCAUGAUGCAGAUUAUGAAGCUCAGAUAAUCAACUCUCUUGUCAAGGCUGGCAAAAUCCGUGUUUUUAGAGGGAAGUGAGCUUCAGAGUGAUGCUUUGCUUGCAAAGCGCCACAUUUGAAGGAGUUAAGCAGAUGGCCCAAGGACUGAGCCAAAUUGAGCAAUGAGCAUACGGGGGGUGGCACUGCUGCUGCCUUUUGUUGUCCCACUUUGGUGCCUCCCCCACAGCCUUUAUGUUCUCUAAUUUGGCCAAACUGUGAAGCAUGGCAUAAGGCAAAAGGAUCCCUACUUCAUUGCAAGUGAUAUAAUGCUUCUGAGAUGAACAUUUUUCUUUUUUUUUCCUAAAUAUAAUACUGUGUUUUCAGUCGACAUUUCCUGAUGCCAAAGGAGAGGCCCAUAGCCGUGUGCACCUUUAUUAGACUCGUGUGGAGUCCUAACAAUGACUGCUUCCAUUACAAUCACCAUUGGUUCAGUUCAUAAGUUCUCAUGUGUCUCACAGGAGACCCAUUUCAGUAUUAAUUUUCUAAUGAGAUGCACUGCUUGUACCUGCUCCUCUUUGGAUGCAGGGUUUUCUGUUUGGUUUUCCAUCAUCACCACUAUUCUAAUACUGAUAUACCCGAGGCAGGUAAAGGGUACCGAAGAUAAAACCUUUUUUUUUUUUUUUUUAAAAAAAAGUAUUUGUAAGUCUUAAAUAUUUUAUAUUAUAAGUCUUAAGUAUUGUAUUUUAUCAGCACUCUAUUUAUAAUUACAAGUGUGACAAUUGGUCUGUCCAUUAUAAAAACUGGACAUUCCAAAUCAAGUCUUAAGCAAAAAUGUUCAGAGAAUAUCUGCAGUCUUUAUCAUAUUAUGCUUGUGAUUUCAUUUACUUUUUAUUGUUUUUUUAUUAUUUAAUAUCUUAUGCACUAAUUAUUUGUCAGUAUCUGUAAGCAGUAUUUUAAGAAGAGAAGUCAUAUUGAAGUUAGUCUGAGGAGUGCCUGUUGUGCAUAUCACUCAACGGUCUUUGUAGGUACAACAUCACACUGAUAUCAAGCCUCAUGUGAUGUGAAGUAUUUGCGGCCAGUAUCAGCCAUCAGUAUUAGGUGUAAGAUCACACUGAUAUCAGUCUGAGUGAGUGAAAAGAUGUGGAGGAUCUUUGGCCAGUACUGGUCAGGAAUGUUAGCUGAGAUUACACUGAUAUCAGUCUGAUGGAGUGCUAGAAGAUGGAACAUCUUGGGCCAUUAUCGGUCAGAGCUAUUAGCUGGCAUGAAAUCACACUGAUAUCGCUGUAACGGGGGGAUUGUGAAGUGUAGUGGAACCAAUAAACAGUGUUUUAAGGAUCAAGCAAACAAAGUGGAACAUCUCAGGCCAGAACUGGUCUGGUGUGUUAGCAGACAUGAGAUCAUAAUAAUAUCAGUCUGAUGGGAUAGUGUGAAAGUGGAAUGUUACCGGUCAAUACCGGUCAGGUGUCUUAAGUGGACAUGAGCUCAGACUGAUAUAUUGUCCAGUAUUAGACAUUAAUCUUAGCUGGCAUGAGAUCUAGACAUCACUGUGAUGGGCUGGAUGUAAAGCAGAGCAUCUCUAGCCAGUAUCAGCCACUAAUGUUAGUUAUGAAAUGAAAAAACAAUAACUAAUAUUGCUGAUCGAUGUCUGCUAGUAUAUGAUCACUCCAAUAUCAGUCUUGAUGUCGUGAGAGAGUGAAGCUGAAUGUCUGUAACUAGUUUGGGACAUCAGUGUUAACAGCUCACACUUAAAUUCAUCUGAUGGACUGGAUGGUCCUUUUACAAGUAUCAUUUAUUAGUGUUGAUGGGCAUGAGAUUACCCUGAUAUCAGUCUGAUGUUGCAGAUGAAGAGUGAAGCUUUUCUGGCCAGGACCUGUCAUCAGUGUUAACAAACAUGUGGUCACACUGAUAACAGUGUGGUUGGUGGGGUGGGGGGAUUUUAUGAAACAAGCAGUAUUGAUCACAGUGUUAAUAGACGUUCUAUAGACAAUCUGGCCAGUAUUGGUUAGGUCUGUUAUUUAUGAGAAGUCAAGCAUACUGUCAGUCUUAUGGGAUGUGAAGUCAAUUUGCAGGGUUAGCAGGUUUGAGAUUGCACAGAUGAUUAUGGAGCAAUCAGAAGCAUCUGUGGUCACCAUAGAUCAGCAUGUUAGCAGACUUCAUAUUCCACAUGUAUCAGACUGACCAGGAUAUGAUGUGAUACAAAGAUUAAAAGUCAGUGUUUGCAGAGGUUAGGAAUGUCUGUAACAAAUAGACAGUCAUGCAUAUGUGGGAUCUGUCCUAUCACUGACACUUACUUAUUUGGCUGAUGCCUUUAUCCAAGGUGACUUACAACAUUUAUCAGAAAAUAUGCAGCUUUGAAGUCAGUGGUCAGUCUUAUUGGAGACAGGGUUAGAUUAGAGACUAUGACCAAUAUCACACGGCAGAGAUUGCUGGUAUAAUCGGAGUAAUAUUAGCCUGAGAUGAGCCAGGCCAUGCUGACAUCAUUCUGAUGGUAGCCAAGCAUCAGUGAUUGGUAUCAUUGUGCAGUGUUUGCAGGUGUCCUAGCACAUAUGUGGAAUGCACAAGGCUAAUGUUGUGCAACCAUACUAAUAUCAAAAAGAGCAGUGUCUGGUGAAUAUUAGUCAGCAUGAGGUAUCCGCAUGAUUGAGCAAAUGAAAUAUUGGCAGGUGUGAGAUCAAGGUCUGUCUAUUUAAUAACGAGACUGUUUCAGUGAGAAUUAAACCAGCACGACAAACGACAACACUCUGUACCGUUUAGUGGAUUGUCAGUCACCGUUUAAUACAGUUGCGUUUCCCCUUGCGUGCCGGAAUCCUGCUAAGUUUAAAAGUUGAGAAACGUGUCAAUUUGAAAUUCUUAGUAAAACUGAACAAAACACUAACGGAAUCUUUUCAAAUGCUUACUGAGGCUUACGAGGAAGACUGCAUGUCUUGUACGCGCAUGUUUUCCCUAAAUUGAAAUCGGUGCUUAAAGGAACACAUUUUGAGUCAAUGGAUGCAGUAAAGAAGAAAUAGCCAACAAACUGAUCUGCUCCACAUCUUCGACCGGUGGUAACCAAAACUGCAUCUUUAUGGCAAUCUUUGCGUAACUGCGAGUUAUGUUGAAGGGGACAAACACUAGAAUUGUUAUAUAAAUAAAAGCAAAUUAUGGUGUCAGUUUCGUUAUUUAAUAGACAGACCUUCAGUCUAGUGAACAUCUGAUGAGUGGUUAUCCUUCAGCAGCACUUGUGAUCACACCGAUACUAGACUUCCUAAAGAAAGGGAUAGAUAGAUAGAUAGAUAGAUAGAUAGAUAGAUAGAUAGAUACUUUAUUAAUCCCAAAUUGGGAUAGACCACUGAUUAGUUUGUUGGCCCACCACUGCAUUUUGCUUCGACUCUAAUCCUCUAUUGUUCAUUGAUUAAUUCUGCAUUUGCACUUGGUCCUCAAGUUUGGAAUCUGUGAUGCUUAUAUCUGCCUUGGAUCACAUCCACUUAUUAUUCAUUAUGUUAUGUAGACGCGGCAGCUUUUUAUAAUUUGUAUGUUUUCCAUUUUUUUUGAUACUUUGGGGAUUAUGUUUAGGAUUUUCUUGUGGAUGAUAACAUUUGGUUGAGCCAAUGCUGAUGACUGCAGCAAGUGUUUUAAGAUUUAGUUUUACCCAGUCAAGACUGACCUGGCCUAUGUGUGGUCAGGGGAUCUUUUUCAGUGAAGACACCCAAAUAUUCCAAGUAUUAAAUACUUCUGAAAUAUUGUAUUCCUAAUAUGAAGACUUGUUACAGUUAUCUAGAUGAAGACGUUGUACAGUAAUAUAACAAAAUUGUUAACCUGUGAAGAAAAGACUUGUUCCUGAUAUAUCAGAAGGUUCAUUUAAAUGUGUAUUGUGUUUGCUGCUUCCAUAUCAGGAAACAAUUUCAAUUUAAAAUGCACAAGAGGCUUUGAAAACUUUG